CUCAUCUCCGCCCGCAACAAGCUCACCAAAGCGCCGGUUCGGAGCUCAGAUUACGCAGUGACCGCUUGAUUCUCCAUUGAAGCGGACCCGGAUCCAAUACCUUAUUUAUCAACCCUUAUUCCGACGUUCUCCUUUCCCGUUCCGCGCACUCCGCACCCUCCAUCAUCAUGGUCCACAAAGUCCUCUUCUGGGGCGGCUUCGGUAUGCACUGCAUAUUUACCCCAUGAUAAUUCCAAUUGGGACCAUGUCACCGUCCCGAAUUGGGCUAUCGGAUCUCCCACUAACGGUACAUCCAGGCAUCGCCGUCCGUCUCUGGCAGCUCGGUAUCGAAAUGCGUCCCAUUCUCGCCAAGGAAUCUCUCUGGGUGUACCCUCUCUUCGCCGGUGUCGGUAGCAGCUUCGGAUACUGGCUCCAGGGUGUUGAGGACAGACAGCUCAAGAUCCUUGCGCAGCGCCGUGAGGCUAUUAUCGAAAAGCGUCGGAGACGUGACCAGGGCACAUUGAGCAAGGUUGAGGAGGCCGGCACUCUUGCCGCGACGUCGUGAAUGUGAUAUCAUGAGUUCUGGAGAAGGUGGUUGAAGGACAGGUUUAGGAGACGAUGGCUGUGUUAGUCGACUUGAUUGGCCAACGGUCCAGUCGUUCUUGUAUCAAAAUUUGAACGGUUAUGCUCGGGCUCCUGUUAUCGAAAAGAGGGGAAGGCAUGAAGGCUUUAGUGCCUAUGAGCAAGACCUAGAUUAUGUGUUUAUUUUCAAUUGUUUUAUUCCACCGUUCGCAUUACAAUGGCAGAUUUCCGUUUGCUUUUUGA